CUCGUUUUCAAUGCUAAACUUAGGUCGCCGUUGUCUUCGCUGAGAUGUUUCGAUCGCCAUCACAAUCCAGCUGCAGUGACUCAAUUGACUACCCUCUUCUUGACGCCACCACGAGCCCAACGAAGAAUGGCUGCACCCCUCCAAGCCGACUUUGAGCUCCCAGUUCUCCCUCAAAUCCGCCAAGAGUCCAUCCACAAACAGGUUUUCACCCAUCGCAGCUACUACGCCCGUCCAGCGCCUGGAUUCGAGGACAAGGCCAAUGAUCCCAGCCCGGACUACGAAAAGCAAGCCAAUCGUCGUUGUUAUGCGGUGCUCGAGCUGGCAGUAACCACCCUCUUGACCGAAUUGUACCCACGUCUGCACGUUGGGCCCGCAACGAAACUCCGUUCGAUGAUCGUCGAAAAUGCCAAUCUGGCUACGAUCUCGGUAAAGUACGGCCUACCGGGACAUCUUCUCGCGGACCGAACGCAAGCGUUGUCCCUCAAGCACACAACUGGUGUGCAAGCGGAUAUUUUCGAGGCCUAUGUCGGCGGCCUUUACAACGACCAAGGGAUGGACGCGGUCCAGUCCUGGCUUCACAGACUAUUCAAGCCUUAUGCGGAGCUUUACUACAACACUCUCCGGGCCCAAUACGGCCAACUGUCUGUUCCCGAAAGCGGAUCCGACACCAGCGGCGGCCAUCUCGCGCUGUUCAACCAGCUGUUAGCCUCGCGCAACGUUGAAUGGUACCACAACCAAGGCACCGCCGCCAUCGAGGCCAUGUCGGCGGACCCCGGCCCGGCCCCCGCCGUGCUCGAUGCCUACCGCGUUGCGCUCGGUAACAAGGCCACGCCCAUCUGGUCCGCGCACGUGCGCAUUGACGGGGAGCUCUUUGCACAGGGCAUCGCCAACAGCAAGAAGGCGGCCAAGACCGAGGCCGCUAAACAGGGCCUCUGCAAGCUCGGGGUCACCGUGUGA